AUGAUUUCGUCGGUGGAGUUGAUCCCAGCAGAAUCACGUGAACUUGUAUUAUUCAUUCCUCAAUCAGUAUUUUGUCGACGUAGUCCAGCGAAAACGCACACUUCACUUCACACCACCGGAAGCAGCAGCAGAAAAAUGGAGAAAGGAGUGAAGGCCCUUCGUCGACUUCUGCAAUCCCCUGGUGUUCACCAGGGCCCUAUUGCUUUCAACGCUCUCAGUGCCAAGCUCGUUGAAUCCACCGGAUUCCCCUUCAUUUUCACCGGCGGUUUCGCCCUCUCCGCCACCAGAUUGGCUCUGCCAGAUGCCGGACUCAUUUCCUACGGCGAAAUGGUCGAUCAGGGCCGCCUCGUCACCCAGGCCAUCUCUGUUCCUGUCAUCGGCGACGCCGAUACCGGUUUCGGAAACUCGGUCAACGUCAAGAGAACUGUCAAGGGUUUCAUCGAUGCUGGCUUUGCCGGAAUCAUGCUCGAAGAUCAGAUAUCGCCAAAAGCAUGUGGGCACACCCAAGGGAGGAAAGUGGUGUCUAGAGAAGAGGCGUUGAUGCGGAUCAAAGCUGCUGUUGAUGCUAGAAGAGAGAGUGGCUCUGAUAUUGUCAUUGUGGCACGAUCAGAUGCUCGACAAGCUGUGUCUUUGGAUGAAGCCUUCAUCAGGACAAAGGCUUUUGCAGAAAUUGGAGCUGAUGUUCUUUUCAUUGAUGCACUCGCCUCAAUUGAAGAGAUGAAAGCUUUCUGUCAAGUUUCUCCCCAUGUUCCUAAACUGGCCAAUAUGCUUGAAGGAGGAGGUAAAACACCAAUACUCAGCCCUCGUGAGCUUGACGAAAUUGGCUACAAGCUUGUUAUUUAUCCACUUUCCUUGCUGGGGGUUUCUAUAAAAGCAAUGCAGGAUGCGCUUGCUGCCAUUAAGGAAGGCGGUGUUCCUCCGCCGGAAAGCAUGCCAUCUUUUGAAGAAAUUAAGGAUAUCGUAGGUUUCAAUGCUUAUUAUGAAGAAGAGAAGCGUUAUGCCACAACCUCCGAUCAACAGCUUUAAAAGAGAAGUAGGAGAGGUGAAAAUCAAAGACUGAAGAAAGCUCCUGCUGAUACAUUGUAAUCUGUAUUUCUUUCUUGCAUUCUCACAGCUAUUAUUGUUUGUGGUAGCCUAUGUAACAUAAUAAGUGAGAGACCAAGUUGAUUCAAAGACUGAAGAAAGCUCGUGCUGAUACAUUGUAAAUAUACUGUAUUUCUUUCUUGCAUUCUCACAGCUAUUAUUGUUUGUGGUAGCCUAUGUAACAUAAUAAGUGAGAGACCAAGUUGAUACAAAGCAUUAUUCUAAAUUGAGUAAAGAUUGUUUGACACCUUUUA